CGGCCGCUGGACGCGUACGUGUCUGAGUAUAAAAGGUGCUGCAGCAUCAGAAGCGGGCGAGGAGGAUAAGAUGAGGCGCGUGGUGCUGUGGAGCCUGGUGGUGCUGCUGUGUCAGCGCACGCUGGUGGGCAGCCACGUCCUGGGUCGGGCCUCAACCACCGGAGACCUGGCUCAGCUCAAGUCGCUGCUGGAACGCUUUGAGGAGACUCUGGCUGACGCGGGCCGGGACGACUCUGAAGGCGAUUACGAAGGGACAGACCAAGAGUCCGUGCGCAGCCGAGACUGGACCCAGGCCCAGGAGGGCGACCCAGAACCUUUAGUAGCAGAGCAAGCGGAGGCUCCCGCCGAGGGCCACAGCAGGGCAGCGGGUCAGAGGAGCCGCUUACAGGAGCUGCUGCUGGCCACCAGGAAACGGGCCUCCAGCUGCUUCGGCUCCAGGAUGGAUCGGAUCGGAAACGCCAGCGGCCUGGGCUGCAACAAGGGGUGAAGCAGCACCUGUUGGGCCGUCAGCCUGGAUCUGCUGCUGCGUGUGUGUCUCUAUGUGUUUCUGUUACCGCCCUAAAGGUAACGCGCUUUCUGAACCACCAGUUUGUCAGCUGCUAAUAAAAAUAAACCUCUUUUGUCAUAGGAAGAACUCAGUUGUCUUUAUCUCCUGAAUGGGAUGAAUGCCGUGACUAAUGCAGCCUGGCCUCCUUCAGUCAGCCGCUGUUCCGGAGCUCUCAUUACUGUGCCGUCCUCACCGCUCCCACCUCAUUUCAUGCAUCACAGUCACUGGACAUCAGCUGCUAUUAUCUCUCUAUCAUUCCUGAUGUGUUGAGGUUUGCAGUCCCUCGCGCUGAGCUUAACCAAGAAUCAACCAGUUACAGACAUCUCAUAUCAUUUCAUCUGUGCGGUCAUAUAUCAUAUAUUCAUAUAGCAGGUGUGGAUGUGAUUCAUGCAGCCAUUAGCCACAUGUGAUGGGAGCGAGUAGGAGGUGUCUCUGCGUGUUGGGAGGCUGUACCUGUCAUUGGUUCUGGCCCGGUUCACCUGCCUGGACUGGCCGGGCUUUAGUUUUCUCUGGAAACUGGCAGCAGUGAGGCGUUCACAUUGUGAUUGUGGUGAUAAGCACUUUCCACUCUGGACCCGACCUGAGGACCGGACCCUAUCAGGGAGGCCCAUGUUCCCUGGACACACUAAUGUGGAAACUGGCCUUUCCAUGCAUUAGGCUGACGCCCAGCAUGAAAACACAUCUGGAGCUUUACUGCCAUCGAAUUUUUUGAUGUGGAAAGACUGAAAUGAAAUAGGACAAGCUGCUAAGUUCUGUAAAUGAGCAAAGAUGUUAUCAUAAAGACACAGAUGAGAGGAUGACGGUCUGUUGUCAUGAUACAGGAAUAAAUACAGUACAGACAUCAACUGGAGUCACAGGCAGCUGCUUGACUGGUUCCUAAUGAGACCUCCUGCAGAGCAGUUCUUAGUCGCACAGCGCCCUCUGCUGGAGAGCUUUAAAGUCAAACCUCAAACCAGCUGGUUUUAUUGUGGCUGGUCUAUUUGUCAAGAUUCAUUUCUAAUCAAAUAAACCAGCAUCAACCUUUACAAAUAUGAUUUAUUAGUGCAAACUGUCCUAGAUGUGUUAAGGUAUAUAGGGUACUGUACAACAUUAUACAGCAGGUACAGUUAGUUCCACGUUUAGCACAUUUAAUGUACACGUUCUAAAAGCCGUUCUGUUUCUUUAAUAUGCUUUUUCAUCCUAUUCUUGCUGACCACAACUUUUAGCCUGACGUCACUUCCAGUGUCCAGCACUGACACCUAGCGGUCACAUCUGGUAACGACCCACAGCGUGACAACUUAUUUAGUUGAUUUUUCAAGGGUUGCGUUCAUCAACAGCGUGUUGUUUUAACGGACUUCAAGGUCUUCGUGCGACACUAACGGUAACAGUGUUGCGAGCCGCAAGAUUCACUCUAGUGAACAAUAGAAAUAUUAUAGCUUAUGUCCUAAGAAAACAUACGGGGAACUGCAAAAAAAAAAAAAAAAAGAU